AUGAACAAUCAAUCACUUCAAAGAGUUGCUAUGAUCUCAGAACACUUAAAUCCAAGUUCAUCUGAAUUAAAUAUGAAUAAUACAGCUGCUUCAGUUAAAACCCCAAAAGAAGAAUUAAAAGACUUCAUUGAUAUCUUCCCAAUUCUCUCCAAUGAAAUUAUCAGAGAGCUUCCAGGUAUGGACAUGCCACCACAAACUGUUAAAUGGGUCGAAAAAUUAUUAGAAACCAAUGUUAUGGGCGGUAAAAUGAAUCGUGGUCUUACUGUUUUACAUUCAUUACAAUUAUUAGUUGAGGGUCGUCAAUUAACCCGUAGUGAAAUUUUCCAAGCCAAUGUUUUAGGUUGGUGUGUAGAAUGGUUACAAAGUUUCUUCUUAGUUGCUGAUGAUUUAAUGGAUUCAUCAAUCACCAGAAGAGGCCAACCAUGUUGGUAUCGUCAACCAAAUCCAAUCUCAAACAAUGGUACUCCAAUUGGUACUAUUGCUGUCAAUGAUUCAUUCAUCUUAGAAUCAUGUAUUUACAUUUUAAUCAAGAAAUACUUUAGAAAUGAACAAUAUUAUGCUGAUAUUUUAGAUCUUUUCCACGAAACCAGUUAUCAAACUGAAUUAGGUCAAUUAUUAGAUUUAACCACCCAACCAAAUAGAGGCGAUUUUUCAUUAUUUACUUUAAAUACCUAUCGUCGUAUUGUUAAAUAUAAAACUGCCUAUUAUUCAUUCUAUUUACCAGUUGCUUUAGCCAUGUUAAUGUGCGGUAUUAACUCAACUCCAGCUUUUGAAACUGCCAAAGAUAUUUUAUUACCAAUGGGUGAAUACUUCCAAAUUCAAGAUGAUUAUUUAGAUUGUUAUGGUUCACCAGCCGUUAUCGGUAAAAUUGGUAGAGAUAUCGAAGAAAAUAAAUGUUCAUGGAUGAUCUGUCAAGCUAUUCUCAAUGCUACUCCAUCCCAAAUUGAAACCUUAAAGAAACACUAUGGUGUUGAUAAUCCAGAAGAUGUACAAAUCGUUAAAAAACUCUUUGGUGAAAUCGAUCUUAAAAAGAUUUUCAAAACUUAUGAAGAAGAAAGUUAUGGUUUAUUAGUUAACAAAAUUAAACAAGUUCGUAUUAUGCCACAAGAAGUUUUCCUUAAAUUAUUAUCUAAAAUCUACAAGAGAGAUUUAUAA